AUGGAUAGGAAUAACAGAAUCCAAAAAUUAACUUCUUCAAGAUUCGGUCAGAGAGCUGCAAACCUUGCCAGCUCCGCAGGUACUUAUAUCGCUUCAAAGGACUAUCCACAGCUCGCGAAAUCCUUUUACUCAUCUGCAUCACAAAACGCAAGCGAUUUACUCGGAUACACAAAUGAUCCUAACACAGUUAUUGAGGGUACUGAUACAAUCACCGUCUUCCCAGGCUGGGCUGUCGAGAAAGCUGAAGAAUCUGUAUACAAACUCCAACUCAGCGGCUACGCGUCCUGUCUGAGAAGCAUCGAUAAAGCAACACGAUCCCAGCGGGCUUUCAUGAAGCUCGCAAGAUCAUUCGCUGCACUUCCCCCUCUCCCCAACACUACUGCUUCGUCACAGGAGACAUUCAGCAGCGUCGAGGAGGAAUUGGAGGAGUUAGAGGCAAGCAAUAUACCCAAAUCUGAACAAGAACAGAUUCAACUUGAGCUCAAGGCUGAGUCGGCUCGUACAGGUGGCUCUAAUACUGCUCCUGGUCGCUGGAACGAACAGCCCAGAGUUGCGAAUAUGAUGAAGCCUCAGCAACUAGAAAGACAACAAGCUAGCGUACCAAGUAUACCUCUUGAAAAGUUGCACACUAUGCAUGCAAAUAUGAAUAAGCGUCUGCAGCCAUUCUGGUCCUCUAUAUUACCCAAUAGAAUCUUGAAACUCAACGUGUAUGCUGUUUGGGGUACUCCUGUCGACAGGACGGUUGACGAAGUGCCCGAAGCUAAACCGGUCGCCACUACACAAGUAAGAACGAAUCAACAAGGCCAUUUUGAAUAUGUGUUUAACAUAAAAAUAGACAACAUCCGGAGACCUUCUUGGGUUAAAGAUCCAUAUCAAAAGCCCAUAGAGCUGAAAAUCCAGGUAGACCUUCUCCCUCAGAUGCUUGACUACAGUUUACGCCCAGGCAUAGUACCAACUCCUGACUCAGUUGCCGACGUAACAGCCAGUCAGAUACUCCAUGUAAAGCUGUCUUCCGAUCGUGGCAUACGAGUGAUAUCAGACCUCGACGAUACAGUCAGGACGACGGAAAUUUUCAACGGGGUCAGAGCCAUGUUCCGCAACGUCUUUGUCAACGAUGAAAAAGAAAUGGUUAUACCAGAUAUCGUCAACUGGUACAAUAACAUGUAUAAGCAGGGCAUAGCAGGGUUUCACUAUGUGUCUAAUUCUCCCUAUGAGGCAUUCUCAGCAAUUAACGACUUUUUCAAUAUUUCUAAUCUCCCACAUGGUCAUUUCAAGCUCAAGUAUUAUGGCGGAAAGUCUCUGCUCGGUGGCUUGUGGGAACCGGCUGCGGAGAGGAAACGAGCAGGUGUGAUUGAAAUAUUGAAUGAAUUCAAACUUUGCCAGUUUAUUCUUGUCGGAGAUAGCGGUGAACAGGAUUUGGAGCUGUAUUCAUCUUUGGCGAGAGAGCGACCUAACCAGAUACUGGCAGUCUUUAUAAGAGACGUGACAACACCAAACGACAAAGAUAUAAGUAAGGAGAGUACAGGGACGUCUUCUGAGGACGUGUUAAUACCACCAGUCCCACCACCGCGAAGCACAAAGCCAGAUCUACCACCUAUGUCACAUAUACCACCUAUAGCACCGAAAGAAAACACUUGCCAGACGAAGAAACCCCCGCCACCGCCUGUGCCUCCUAAACCUUCACUCACACCACAGACACAUUUGGCGCCAAAGCUUCCAUCUAGAAGUGAGACAACGCCAUCGUCUUCAAUUCGGUCGAAGCCAUCAUCUAUCACUCUUCUGGGCAGUGACAGCGAACCAAUAGAGUUUGAAGCUUAUGACGCCGCAGAAGCAAAAUUAAUGAAACGCAUUGAUAAUUUCAUGAUGAGAUUGGAAAAAGCAAAGAUGGAGAUACCUGCGCAAGUCAUCUUUUGCGUAUUUAAAGAUGCAAGAGAGGUUGAAUCUAUAACGGAGACCUUACUCGCAGCUCAAAGAUAG